CCAACCACAAAAUGUUGCCACAUCAUCCGUGAUUCGUUUAUUUAUUUUUCUAAAUUAAAAAUAUAUUUUGAAAUUUUACUAUUUAAUGUUGUUUUGCUUUCAAAAUGUCGUGGUUAAGUACCAGUCUAACAGAAAAUUUAACAAACAUUACUGGACAAAUCUCCACGUUUACAAAAGACAUUCUGACCGAAGGCACGGUGGAAGUAGAUGGUAAGACUGAAUAUUUUAUAUAUUUAUUGAUAGUUUCGUUAUUAUACCCCACAUUUACUGGGAAUUAUAAAUUUUGAAUCUAAUACCAAGUAUUUAGACUAUAUAUAAUGGUUUGAUAGUAUCUAACUGCUUUUAAUAUUAAAUAUUAAUCCCAAAUUGCUAUAAUGUCAAAAACGUGUCUAAUAUCAAAGCAAUUUAAAUGCUCUUGAUAAUUUCGCAUGUGAUUUGUCAAAUUUAAGCUAGAGAUUAUCUGUAUGGAUAAACUUGAGCACAGAAAAGAUUGAUGAUAAUAAUUUGUUUGCAUAUAAACAUGGUAAACAGAUGGAUUAUUUUCAAGACAAGCUGCUACUCAGAUAAACAUGUGGUCAAGUUGUGGGCAUAGUUCUUUUUAUGCAAGUGAUUAUUUCAUUUGCAGAUCAUGAGACGGAGCUAAAGAUUGCAAAGUCGCGUGUUCGAGAACUUGAAUUGACGCUUUACACACAACGAGAAGAGGUAUGAUGCUAUAAAGUGAACUUCAAUGCCUCUAAUGGCUGUUUGAUAGUUUCCAAAUAUAUUACUCAGUCAUUCAGUGCAAGGAUAGUUAAUAUGAUUGCCUGAUCAAACUGAAAUAUCAAAUACUUGUUACAAAUAUGAAAGGUUUGUGUGAGAAAUAUGAAAGGUUCGUGUAUACACGUAAAAACGGACAAGUUGUAACAAACCUGCAGCAGACUUGUAGCAAUGCUGUUCCACUACAACUUGUCAACAGUAUGUGUUUGCACUGCUUGUUCCCAGCUUGUUGACAACUUGCUACAAGGUUGUUGAGCUCAACAAGUUGUGAGUGACAACCUUGUAGCAACUUGAUAAAAUAACAGCAUUGUUACAACUUGUUGACAAAUUUGCUAAAAGCCUGCUUGUAGACAAUGUUUUUAUCUCUUACUUCACUUGUAGACCAUAUAAAAUUUGUCAAACAAUUUUUAUAAUAGUUUAAUUUUUGUGUUAUUUUGUCAGUAUGACAGGGUAAAGGAACUCAAUCAUGAGCUCCAAGAGAGAGCUGACGCUGCAGAACUUCAGAUCAGCAGUAUUUCACGUGAAUACAGGAUAUUACUCCAAGAGAAAGAGGUACAUACAUUGAAAGCUGUGGAUUGAUAGGGAUACAACUACCUGAAAAUACAAGGAGAACUUCAACGUUUUGAGCGAGAGCCCUUCAUCAGGAAGUUGAAGAACGGCCUUCACUCGAAAUGUCGAAGUUUUCCUUGUAUUUUUUCAAGUAGCUGUACCCCUAUCAUCUGCAGCUCUAGUUAUGUAUAGAGAUCUCUGUCCACUCUAGUUCCAUAUUAGUCCAGUUAUGUAUAGAGAUCUUUGUGUCCACUCCAUUUCCAGAAUACUCCAGUUAUGUAUAGAGAUCUCUGUGUCCACUUUAUUUCCAGAGUAAUCCAGUUAUGUAUAGAGAUCUCUGUGCCCACUCUAUUUCCAGAGUAAUCCAGUUAUGUAUAGAGAUCUCUGUGCCCACUGUAUUUCCAGAGUAAUCCAGUUAUGUAUAGAGAUCUCUGUGCCCACUCUAUUUCCAGAGUAAUCCAGUUAUGUAUAGAGAUCUCUGUGUCCAUUCUAGUUCUGGAUUAGUCCAGUUAUGUAUAGAGAUCUCUGUGUCCACUCUAUUUCCAGAGUAAUCCAGUUAUGUAUAGAGAUCUCUGUGUCCACUCUAUUUCCAGAGUAAUCCAGUUAUGUAUAGAGAUCUCUGUGUCCACUCUAGUUCUGGAUUAGUCCAGUUAUGUAUAGAGAUCUUUGUGUCCACUCCACUUCCAGAAUACUCCACUCCACUUCCAGAAUACUCCAGUUAUGUAUAGAGAUCUCUGUGUCCACUCUAUUUCCAGAGUAAUCCAGUUAUAUAUAGAGAUCUCUGUGUCCACUCUAUUUCCAGAGUAAUCCAGUAAUGUAUAGAGACCUCUGCAUCCACUUUAUUUCCAGAACAAUCCAGUUAUGUAUAGAUAUCAACAUCUCCACUCUUAUUUAUAUUACUCCAGUUACUUAUACAGAUCACUGUAUGAUAUUUCAGAAUGAAGUUGUGCAGUUAAGAGAACAGUUGGAAUCAUGGAAAGAACAUGGCUCCAAACGAGAUCGUGAGAGAGUGCCGAGUUUUAACGAAGAUUCGUUUGUUGACAGCAAGAGUCAAGAUGAAGUUCAGUAUCUCAAAGCAAUUGUUAAUAAACUACAGGAAGAAAAGCAACAGUGGAGUAAAAAUGUAAAUAAACAUUAAUAUUUGAAUGUUAUCCUAACUGGACUUCUAGGAAGAACAGUUUAGAACUGAUAGAGCUAUCCAGUAUAAAUAAAGUUAGUUUAGUUUAGGUUUCCUCCCGUAGUAACACUGGAUCAAUAAGAGAUGAUCCUUGCUGGAAGAACAGUUUAGAACUGAUAGAGCUAUCCAGUCUUGAAAGAUUUAAUUUGAAGACAUGUCUGUGUAUAAUGUUCAAUAUUUUCUUUCAGAAUGAAUCAGAAAACCUCCACAAGGAACUAGACCACUACCAACAUGAACUGGCGACAUUACACACGACAUAUUCUCAGAGAAUUGCCGUGCUCAACAAGAAACAUAAACAGGAAAUAGAGGAACUGGAAUCCUUCCAUCACGAGGACUCGCUGAGGAUACAAGAGUUAGAACAACAGCUUGCUGAACUAGGUAGGUUUGACCCCGCUGCAACAGAUGCUACGCAACUUCAGAAUUGUUGACAUGAGCAAGAAAAUUAUACUACGUCUCUCAUUUCUAUCUAUUUGGCUUCAAGACUACUGCUGUUGCACAGUUGCAGGUUGACGGUCAAGUCAGACCAGCGUUUGCUGCGUGACAGUGCUGAGUGAAUUGCAUUUGAAUAUUUUGUAGAGGGAAUUGCUGUCAAGUCACAGAAUGUUGUAUUGGAAGACCUUCCUGAGUCCGAGAGUGAUUUUGAGAUCAUUAAGAAAGAAUCAGCCGAGUGCGACCUACAGGUGAGCAUCGGAAACCUAUACAAAACUAACGUUAUCUUAUCUAAUUUGUUCUUUCACUUCUAAAAUGUUCUCCCUAGAGGUCCAGUAAGGAUCAUCUCUUAUUGAUCCAGUGUUACUACAGGAGGAAACCUAAACUAAACUUUAUAUUCUGGAUAGCUCCAUGCCUUCAUCAGUUUUAAACUGUUCUACCUAGAGGUCCAGUAAGGGUCAUUUCUUGUGUCACUACAAGAGGAAAGUGUACAGUAGGUCCAAGAAAAACCUGUGUUCUUUGGUAGAGUCAAAAUGGAAGAACUUUCAUCAAAUCUGACUGAAGCGAAAUUAUAAUCAAAAACUGUAAAUUAUGCUGGGAAAUGUUGACUUUGUUUUUUUUUUAUAAAAUUUACGUAUUUUGUCCCUAUGUAGGCUUUGCCGAAUGAACCAGGAACGAGCUCUGAGGAUGUGAGUGAAUUAAAAAUAUUGAUUGAUCGUCUUGAAUGUGAAAAUCAGGAUCUAAAAGAACAACUUAACACUUCCAAGAUGGAAGCCAGGGAGCACGAGUCAACAUUAUCUCGCUUACAACAAGAGAACAGAGAUCUUACUGAACAGCUUAACCAAGCACUAAAUCCUGAGGCGCAAGGUACAGAAAUGAAUGAUAACAGUUCAGAAAUAGCUCACUUACAGCAAGAAAAUAAAGCACUUUCUGAACAGCUUAAUCAAGCUGUAAGCCCUGAGCUGCAAGGUAAACAGCAUCGGUUAAAACAAGAGAUUAAGGACCUAACUGAACAACGUGAUCUAGCGGUGGCCUCAGAAGCUCAAACAUCAACGUCGUUAGAAAGUCUAAGAGAAGAACUCUCACGACUGGGUACGGUUACCAUGGAGUUGAUGAAAGAAGUCGAGCAGUCUCAAGGCGUUGAGAAAGAGAAAAGUAUCGAGAUUGAAUCUUUAAAGAAACUUUGUCAAGUGAGAAGAGUGUCCAAGGGGAAUGCUGAUGAGGUGAUGAAGUUGAAGGAUAUGCUGGCAGGUUCGUUCUUACAUCACACAUUGGAUUACAUCACAGAUUAGAUUACAUCACAGAUUAGAUUAUAUGACAGAUUAGAUUACAUCACAGAUUAGAUUAUAUGACAGAUUAGAUUACAUCACAGAUUAGAUUAUAUCACAGAUUAGGUUACAUCACAGAUUAGAUUAGAUUAGAUUACAUCACAGAUUAGAUAGAUUACAUCACAGAUUGGAUAGAUUACAUCACAGAUUAGAUUACGUCACAGAUUAGAUUACAUCAGAUUAGAUUACAUCACAGAUUAGAUUAGAUUACAUCACAUCACAGAUUAGAUUAGAAAAGAUUAGCAUGUCCUAACUUUGAAAGAUGCUGGUUAUCAUCGCGUAUUUUGACACUUUCAGACGCAAGAAAAUGAAAACCCUCCAAAUGCAAGACAUACAAUGAGAGAAUUAUCCUUUCUCACGACCGAUUUUCAGCCAUUUUUGGGUUCUGCCUCUCCCACGUUUGAGAGUCUCCGCACCACAAAAUACAACUUUUUAGUAUUAUAAUUUAGUUGUUUGUAUAAUGGUAAAAGUCGCUUUUCGCAUUGUUUGAAUUGUCUAGAAUCUUUCACGAGGGCAGACAGUAGCUCAAAAUGGCGAAUUAACAUAGUCCGACUCUGAUAACUGCUGUACGAUAGUGCUUUGUGAAACGCCAUGGUGAAAGCAAUCUAUAUAUGAUCUAAAUAUUUCAUUUCAGUGUUAUGGCAGAAGUAUUCAUCGGUUGUUCUUGAGAAUGAGAAGGUCAGGCUUGACGUGCUCCAUAUAAAACGAAGACUACUAAAUCAAGUACAGGAUAGACAUGUAAUAAUAUUGAUGAUUUUUAAUUGAUGAUUUAUUAACCUUUAAUUAACUAACUAUGAUCUCAAUCAUUAAUAUUGAUUAUAAUCAU